GGCGGGAAUCCGGAAGAGAGAAAAAAAGUAAUCGGCUGUAAAUCUUCCCUUCCGCUUGGAAGGGACGGAGAGCGACAGCUGGUAACCAUGUUUCAGUUUUUGCUCGGUUUUGCAGUUGGCAAUGUAGUUGGAAUGUAUUUGGCCCAGAACUAUGAUGUUCCAAACAUUGCAAAGAAGAUUGAAGACAUCAAGAGAGAUGUAGAAGCUAAGAAGAAGCCUCCAAAUGAUAAAUGAUGCUGAUUUAGGCAUCCUGUUGUUCAACAUAGAUGGUUUAUUUUAACCACCCAGGUGUCAAAACUUUAUUGGCUUUAAUGAAUGCUUCCAGGCCUGACCUCAGAAGGCCUUAAAAAGCAUUCAAUCUUAGUGUUACUAUAUCCAUGUGGCCUCCUUGCACUUGACUUUUUUCCAAAGAAAAAAAGAUCCAUAUCGAUCUAAUUUUUAUCUAUCUAUCUAUCUAUCUAUCUAUCUAUCUAUCUAUCUAUCUAUCUAUCUACCUACCUACUUACCUUCCUUCCUUCCUUCCUUCCUACCUACCUACCUACCUAUCCACACACACACACACACACACACACACACACACACACACACAUACAAACUGGACUUUUGUUCUCAAGUAUUGCUUCAGUAAUUCUUUAUAUUUAGUAAUAACGAGUCAGGAACAGAAUGAAGAUAUGCCAUUAAUUAUUCCAAUCUAAAAAAAAUCUAAGUCUAAUCUAAUCUAAACGUCUGAUAAAAAUUCCCAUCUUUGUUGCUGAAAUAUGACUUUUCUAUUUUAUUGUUGGGCAUUCCUGGAACAUGGAACAUGUAUAGUCUGCAUAUAGUCAGUAAAUCUAAUGCCAAAAUGUUGAGUUCACAGAGGUAUGAUAGCCAAUAUGCUUCAUCCAUUGUUUGUAAAAAAUUGUAAACAGUUUUUAAAAAAUUUGAACAACUUAAAUGAAUUGUUGCAAUAUAUCAACAAAAAUGUACCCAUCUUCCAAUUCUUAGUCGGUAUUUUUGUUUAUGAUGUUUUUAAGGGUUUACCAUUCUGGUAUAACUAGGAAUUGAUGGAGUCCUGCACUUGCAUUCUGAUGAUGAAAACAUGAAUCAAACUAUGCAAAUUUACUGGCUUGAAUUUUUACUGUCUUGUGUCUGUUGUAGCCCUUUCUUGAAACAAAGAAAGAUGCAUGUAUUUAAAGAUGAUAACUGUCAUUAGAAACACUUAAGAAGAGGCUGGACAAUCAUUGCAGAUAUUGCAUUGCCUAUGUAGGGGUAAGCAUACCUAUUGUAGGCUCCUUCUAAACAUUUUUGUAUCCUACUCUGACUGAUCACUCUAUUGAAUGUUGUUAACGGAAAUGCUGAAAAUUGGCAGUAUGAAACAGGGUUAGUGUGAUUUUAAAUCUAUCCCAAAUUCAAGUCUCCUACUCUAUCGAAACCUUCCUUACCACAAAUAUCAAAGUUCAAGUUUUGGCAUCCUAAGGUUGAAUAAUAGACUAGAUAAUAUGCUUGUGGCCAGAUUAAUGUAGAACCUAAAAUUCUAGUUUUGUUUCAUAGGCUAAAUAGAUUACCUAUAUAUUUACAUGAAAAUUACUUGAAUUUAUUGUUUUCUUCAUUUGUUAAACAACGCUCCUAUACUAUGUUGAGUAUGGUUUUAUGGAUUACCAUGUGCAUUCAGAAAUGUGUGUAUUAUAACAAUAAAUAAAUACUAAACCAUUGUGAGAAAUUUCAGCUUUUAAAAGGUGUCAUUGACAGAGAUGGCAUUGAGAACCUUUUUCCCUUGACUUGACUUUUAGGUCUCUAUGUGGAAUUAUAUUCAUCAUAUCAAACUUGAUGGGACUUUUAAGUUCACAGUAACGAAGAUUCUCUUUGUAUUAUCAUUUGUGAGACCUUAACCAUCACAUAUAGAUGCAGUGUUAGGGCAUCUUAAAAAUUGCCUUUUCUACAGAAUACAAAGUAUUUGGGUAAAAUUGAUUGAUUUCCCGACCAAUCUAAUUUUAUCAGAAUUUUUUUCUUUCUCUCUUUCAGAAUCUUGUCUAUAUGGGAAAAGUGGACUGUUGUUCCAAUUAAUGCACAUUUUCAGAAAGGAAGACUUUGAGAGAUCAGUGCUAAUUUUACAUGAAACAGCAUGAAAUUGUUUCUCUAGAUUUCACAUUUGUUACCAUUAAAUCAAUGGAAGUAUUGCCUUAUGUCAUGGUCUGCAGAGUUCAGCUUUAUAAUUCUGACCAUCCUCUGAAAUUUACAAAUGGGAUUUUGAAGAAUUACAAAAUUCUUUCUCAUGUCUGCAAAAUGUGAAGGUUCAAACCGUACACAUGAUGGUACAAAAUAAAUCUGGUUAUUCACUUCCUC